CGUAUCCAUCCAAGAAAGCAAACGAUUGGGCAAGAUACAGAGCCGGUUUCCUCGAAUGCACUUGACCUGCCCCCCCCUUCCUCCAGUGACAAUGAUGAUGAUGAUGAUGAUGAGGAAACUGAGCCCUGAGUGGGUUGUGAAACAAAGAGACAUGUGAGUGAGAGACGUCUCUCUGGUCAGAGCGAGUGCGGUGUCGGUGGGAGGAUGAGGCUUCUCUAUCUCUGGGGGCUGCUGCUCUUUGCUGGCCUGGGCUUCUGUGAUGGCAAAAAGGACAAAACUGGUCAGGGGGACAAAAAACCGUGCUGCCCCCCUCAGGAAAAUAAUGGUCAGAAAAAAUGCAACGGGAAUUCAACCAAGUGCGGCGGGGGCAAUAACCAAGGCCAAAAUGGAAAGUGCAAGUCGUGCCCUCCCAAGCCCCCAGGCUCAGGGUCCGGGGAGUCUUCUGAGGAGAAACGUAAGGAGAACAGUUCUGAAGAUUGUAAUAAAACCAAGACCAACUUACCUGCCCCUACAUAUAAUACAUAUAAUACGGCCGGUACCAGCACCACGGGCAGCACCGAAACCCCCACAUUUACUGAGCGCCACAAAUUAAAUAACUCACAGGAGGAGGAGACUGACCCUGGGGAAGAUGGGAGCACCAAUGACAAUCAUGAUGACCAGCCCUCACAGAAUACCCUUCCCAUUGUCAUCUCUUUACUUGCCAUUGUCCUGGUGAUACUAGUGAUGGCCUCUGCCUUCGUUCUAUGGAAAAAGAAAUACAAGCUUCGAGAAAGGAAAGAAAAGAAUGUUAAUGCGAUGGAAAACGCUAAGGGGCAGACGAACCCUCCGAACAAGAUCGUUACAGUUUAUACCACAGCGACUGCCCCACAGGAACCGUGUCCCGCCCACCAUUAUGAGGAAAUCCCUAAUUUGUCGCUGGUAACGAGCACUUGUUACGCUACGGUUGGACUCCCGGCCCCAGGCCCCGCCCAGAAAGGAGGAGCUACUGAAAGGGAUUCUGGGAAUGGACAAUACAGUUUGUUGGGAUUCUCUGCCCUGUGACAGGAACAAAGAUGGCGCUCCCUGGCAUUGUCCUCUCUGCAAUGUGAUGUCUUUUCCACUCCCCCCAACUUGCAACUAAAUCAUCUUCUUUUCUCCAACAUAUAAUUUAAUAACUUCAAUAACUUCAGUUUGUGGCAUUUGUAUGAUUGGUACAAAGUCAGAGAACACAUAUUUUAUGCAUCUGGCACUCAAAAUGCUGGGUAUCACUCAUGUAUUAUAAGGAUAUUGUACCCCCUACUGUAAAUGAUAAGGAUAUUAGCAGUCACUGAGGGGUUCUGUGCCCCCCAUAUAAAGGCACAAGGCUGCAGGCUGAGUUAUACAGGGAACCCUGAGUAUCACUCAUGUAUUAUAAGGGAUAAUGUACCCCCUACUGUAAAUGAUAAGGAUAUUAGCAGUCACUGAGGGGUUCUGUGCCCAUAUAAAGGCACAAGGCUGCAGGCUGAGUUAUACAGG